UCUUCGCUGAAAUAGAGAUGAAACCGACUUUCCUUGGGCGUAAUAUCACUUCCGGUCAUUAUUCGUAAAAAAUAUCGGAAGUAUAUAAAAUACAGAGGUCUCGUCCUUUCUCAACCAAUCAGCGCGCUUGGCUGAAGAUAACCUCUACACAGCUUGAAAGAAUGCGCCAAAAGCCUCAGGAAAUUCUGACCUAGAACGCAAAGAUUGAAUGAAAUCCUCCGAGAAUCUAAAAGGAAUGGGUGCAUGAUUGAUUUAUGCUCCGAUUUCCAACAAGCUCCUAGAGAAAGAUACAAAUCAGGUGCCAGUAUCGAGCUAUUAUUCGCUUACUUUUACUACAACCCCGUCUGUCAUAAUGUCAGCGCUAAACAUUACUAAAAAGAUUAGAAGUAUUUGGAUAUCUUUUAUGAUUGUUACAAUAGCUUUACAAAGCUGUGAAGGUGAACUCUCAAGCGUAACUCGGCACACGCUUCGAUCAGACACGUUUGAAAUAGCGAAAACUUCAAAUGAAAGUUGUAUAUUGGAUUCUUGUGGCUAUUAUGGAGGAAUUCAGCGGCUUCUUACUUCAGCAACCGAACCAUUGCCCGUGAACCCGUGCCUUUGUGAGUGCGUUUCGCCACUCUCUACCUUAUACAGCAAAACCAGUAAAUGCACACGAGAUGAAGCGAUUCUUGCUGAUAAAGAUGUAAGAUGCAAUGUCUCUUUCAAAGAUGUACCAAAUGGUACCUUGAAAACACUUGAUUUAAGUGUGCGCCAGUCUCUUCUGCUAGACUACUCUGAGUCUUGUGAGAGCAUCGAGGAUGUCCAGUGGUCUUUUUACUCCAACUUGGCUUGGGUCAAUAGUACGGAGAGAGUCUUCAGAAUACGUGAGAGGAAGAGGGGGAAUGGAAGAAGAAGAAAUGUUAAAGUUCGCCUCCAGGUAUCACUUCAGGUUCAAAACUCCCCAACGAUAUAUGUUAGUGGUUUGCUCAUCAAAGUUACCUUCUCUUGUGUUAAAAAGAACCAAAAUACAGAGAAAUAUUGCUUGGUGUUCAAGGCUAAAGGCACUUACAAUUUUCCUUUAACAAAAUCGACAAAAUCCCAACCAGCGACAAUACCUGUUUCAACAACCAAGUUCCCUACUGAAGCUCAAACUACAGAAUAUUUGCAACCUACAAAAACGAGCUUGUCAUCAACAGCACCACCACACCCUACAGUUUAUCGUUUGCCAUCAACAGAGUCUAUAAACAAUUUUACUGAUACUGCUAUUUUGCCGACCACCAAAAGUCGGAAGCCUGCAGCUGGUUACCAUAGCGAUAAGUCAGGGAUCUGGAUAGCUGUCACUGCAGGGGUGGUAGCAGUGCUUUUGAUCUUGGUCAGUGGCAUAAUUCUAUAUUGCCUCAUCAGAAGACACAAGAAGAACUCCAGGAAAGGUGGCGGCAGAAGGGAACAAAGUCCAGCAGGGAAUAUUCCCAUGCAUGAGUAUGAAUAUGUACAGUACCCCGCCCUUGCCCGCCAGAAUGCUCCACAGACACAUUACGACUAUGCUGACUGUAAUGUGGCAAGUGGUCCAAUGUACGAGAGAGGACCUGGCAACAAGCUCAUCAUACGGACACCUGGACAAAGCAUGAGCUCACUCAACCGCUCAAACACCUCUAUGGAUGAAAGCUCACAUGGCGAGGUAAAACCUUCUGCACCGGCGUGGAUUGAAUCAUAUAAUAAGCACAAGCAAGCUUCUCGCUCCACUUUGGAUUCCAACGAACUUUAUGAGGGACGCGAUCCGGAGCAGAUAUCACCUCCUAGAGGGGAAUAUCAGGAGUUAAUCAAUGAUGGGGCAACUAAUGGGGCAGGUUAUACGCCUUUGAGGGAAUCGAAGAAAGAUAAGGGUGGUUACCAAGCAUUGUUGCGACCAAGUGAAGAGAUCGACCCGUCCGGUUAUGUGCACAUGCCAAGCGUCAAACGUCCCCACCCUCCCCCUAACACUCGCGAUAUCUCUGCCUCGUACGAAGAUAUGGAACGACCAGAACGCCCCCACCCGGAUGGGGGUAGCGAAUAUAUAACCAGUCCCAAAAAGGGUGGGGUCGGGGGAAGUGACUAUAUAACAGUCCUGCCUGAUAGCCCCAAAGGUGAGGGGGAUGCAGAUUCGAGUCCUGCUCCAAAGAGUCCGGACUACUUUGUUCUUGAAGGCCCGGACAGUGCGUCAUGUUAAGACAAGAUGUUUCAUAUAUAGAGAUUUAAAGAGGAAGCGGCUGAUGAUUUAGAAAAUCCCUGAUUCGCACCAGUCAGUAUGGUAACAAAGGGGAAAACUGAUGAAAAUUAUUCAGAACUAUAUAAGAAAUAAAUAAAGACGAUGGAAUCUCCCGGUCAGUAUGGUAACAAUGGAGAAAACGGAUUAAAAUUAUUCAGAACUAUAUAGGAAAUAAAUACAGACGGUGGAAUCUUUAUUACUCGAAUAUUUCGGUUAGCUCAAAUAUUUUUGUCGACUCGUCUAUAAAUUUUUAUUUUUAAUAGCUCGAACUAUACUGUAUUUCCCUUCUAGAUUCUGCGAUUCAACUGUAAUAAUGUAGAGGCAGAGAGUGAUAUUCGUUAAAAAGCUGGGUUCAAAUAUUUAUAUAUAUAUAUAUAUAUAUAUAUAUAUAUAUAUAUAUUUUUGUAAUAGUUGCCUUGGUCAAAUAAGGUCAAUGCAAUAAAGCACAGAUAAGCUAUAAUGAGGUCAAGGGUAAACUGUCUUAGGCCUAGAUUAAACGGCGUGCCAGGGUCGCAUUAUAGUGCCGCUCUAGAAAAGUUCGACAGAUAAUGCGAUGUUAGCACGCCGUUUAUUGCGCACGAAAUUGAAUUAAUGAGGAGGUCGCACCAACUUUCUGGAGCGGGUGGGCUAGUCGGAUAAUGCGACUAUGGUACGGCAAGGGAAUAAACGGUACUCCAAGGUCGCACCAGUCAUAACGAUUACAUUAUGCAGAUUAGUUUAUAAUCAAUGCAAAUCGUUUUGGUUGAACAAAAAUAAAAAAGGAGCUACCCGU